AUGCCGCCCUCCAACACCAGCAUCGCAGCCCAGCUGCGCCAGCUGAUCUACUACCACCUGGACAACGAUCUCCUUGACAACGCCCUCUUCCUCGCCGGCCGCCUUCACGGACUAGAACCACGCAGCCCCGAGGCAGCGCAUCUGCUUGCUCUUUGCCACCUGCGCCUGGGCCGCUACAAGGGCGCCUACGACUACGCCCGCGACAAAGGCCUGCGGGGCUCGCACCUGGGAUGUGCCUAUGUCUUGGCGCAAGCCUGUCUGGGGCUAGAGCGGCAUGCAGACGGCAUAGCGGCUCUGGAACGCGCGCGGGGCCUUUGGGGUGGACGGAAUCAUUGGAACAAACAUUCCGAGACCUCGAGACGACAUUUGCCAGAUGCGGCGGCUGUGAAUUGCCUGCUGGGUAAGCUUUGCAGAGCGCAGGGCGACAUGAAGAAGGCGGUGGAUUGCUACGUCGAGGCGCUGAAGCUGAAUCCCUUCAUGUGGGAUGCGUACCUUGAUCUGUGCGAUACUGGCGCUGCGGUGCGGCCUUCCAACAUCUUCAAGAUGACGCCAGAGAUGCUUGCGUUUCUUUCUCACUCAGCAACGAAUGGAAAUGGAAACGGCUCUCCCCCACAAAUACCACCCAAUGAACCACCCCCCGCUCGAACGCAGUAUGUUGCGACGCCCAUGGGGAACGACCCCUUCAACCCUUCAAUCCGCACCGGAAAUGACAUCGGACUCAAUCUGGGCGGCUCUAAUUUAUUAUCAAAACUCAACGGAAACGUUGUCACUAAUGGAAAUGGAAACGGCUCUCAUUACCCGGAUCUCGAAACCCCUACCUCUAAUGGACAGAAUUACGAUGACGAUGUGUUAAUGGGCGAUGUCGGCGGAGGACCUGUCAUCAACAUUCCCGGGAAUGAACCGCCGCAGGCUCCGUUACGACGGCAGAGGACGAUACAGCAGUUUGCCUCGGACCCGGGCAUGGAGGCGCCGAAGAUGAAAUCGAUUACCACGAGACACAGGUUAAAACCUGGGUCAGACGAUGCAGGUUCAAGGGAUGCUACGGAGAUUCCGAGACCAAUUGGACAGACUAAUCAUAAGAGGACGAUUUCAGGACAUUCGGCAAUGCAUUCGAAUCAGUCUGCAACACAGUCGAACUCUGCGUUGUCACUUGAUCCUACUGCGGCGCCUCAACGGAGAAGUGUCCGGUUGUUCAAUCAGAUCAAGGAGAUCAAGCCGUCGAGUAUGAGAUCGGGUUCAUCUGCGGCAGGACGAGAUCUGGAAUCAAAGGAGAGGAGAGAGCUGAGAAAAGCAAAGGCCACGGGUACCAAGGGUCGAACUGGGCCGACUUCUACGGUUGGAAGAGUUGUCAGUGGGAACCGGAAACCGGUCGAGCUCACGGAUCAUAACAUGAAGGAUUCAAGACCUGCGAGUGUGAACGCUGGAGCGUUUCCACCCAAAAUAGCCCCAAUACCGCCUCCGUUGGACUCCGGCCGAGAACGAGACCAAGAAGUACUGCAAUGGCUGUUGGACCUCCUCUCAAAACUUGGAACCGGGUACUACCACAUGAGCCGCUACCAAUGUCAAUCCGCGCUCGCCGCCUUCCUCUCCGUCCCGUCGACUCAACGCGAAACCCCAUGGGUCCUCGCGCAAAUUGGCAAAGCCCACUACGAGCGCUCUGCCUACACCGAGGCCGAAGAAGUCUUUGCUCGCAUCAAGAAGAUCGCGCCCUCGCGCAUGGACGACAUGGAAGUAUACUCCAACGUCCUCUGGCAGCUGAAGAAAGAGACCGAUCUCGCCUACCUCUCCCACGAGCUCAUCGAACAGGACCGCCUCUCCCCACAAGCCUGGUGCGCAAUCGGUAAUUCAUUCUCGCUCCAGCGCCAGCACGACGAAGCUAUCAAGUGCUUCAAGCGCUCCACACAGCUGGAUCCGCGGUUCGCGUACGCGUUUACGCUGCAGGGACACGAGCACGUUGCAAAUGAGGAGUUCGACAAAGCGCUCUUUGCGUACCGGAGUGCAGUGAGCGCGGACGCGCGGCAUUAUAACGGCUGGUAUGGCUUAGGACAGGUGUUUGAGAAGAUGGGCAAGUACGAGAUCGCGGAGAAGCAUUACCGGGCGGCGAGCCAGAUUAACCCGACGAAUGCCCUGCUGGCGGUUCGGAUUGGUGCUGUCCUCGACCGCCUCCGCAAAACCGACCUCGCCCUCCUGCAGUACACGCACGCAUGCGACCUCGACCCGCGCUCGAACCUCGCGCGCUUCCGCAAAGCACAGGCGCUCAUGAAGCUGCGGCAUCCGCGGGAGGCGCUGGCUGAGCUAACGAUCCUGAAGGAUCUGGCGCCGGAUGACGCGAAUGUGCAUUUUAUGCUGGGCAGGCUGCAUAAGAUGCUGCGGGAUAAGCAGACGGCGAUUCGCCAUUUCACGAUUGCGCUGAAUCUGGAUCCGAAGGCGGCGGGGCUGAUUAAGGAGGCGAUGGAGGGGCUGGAUGAGGAGGGGAGCGAGUGGAGUGAGGGGGAACGGUGA